AUGCUAUGCACCUUGUCGUGUAUGAAAGAAGAACGUGACUUCAAUAGGCAAGCGGCUUCAACAAGUUGGGUGUUGUUUUCUUCGCACUUUCUUUCUCGACGCCUCGUUUUCAUUCUUUUUGCGUAUGUCUCUCUUCCGGUGUAUUUGCAUCUUUCUUUCUCUCUCUCUCUCUCUUUCUCUUUCUCAAUGUCUCUCUCUCUCUAUCAUUGGAUUUCUUUCCCUAUUCUUUCGCUUUCUGUAUCUAUCUUUCCACGUCACUUUCAAUUUUUCUCCCCUCUCCCUCUCUUUCUUUCGAUGUCUAUUUGUAUCUCCCUCUCUUUAUAUCUUGUUCACUCGAUGUUUUUUUUUUACAUCUCCCCUUUCUAUCUUCUGUCUGUAAUUCUCUCCUUUAUUUUCACUCUCUUUCUGGUUUUUUUUUAUUCGCCUUACUCAUGUUGUCCCCCUAAAUGUCUUUUUGAUCUCCCUUUCUACCUUUUUGUUUUUGUAUUUCUCUUUCUCUGUCUCGGCCAUAUCUCUCUCAAUGUCCCCGUCUCGAACAUUCUCUCUCUCUCUCUCAUUCAUUCUCUCUCUUUACCUCUUUCUCGCUUAGACUUUCUUUUUCUUUCAACUUGA